GGUCCCUAGACUGAGACCUGUCCAGCUUUUAAAAUCACAUUUCACAUAAAAUUCUGAAUUUUCAACUUUUCCUUUAAUAAGUGAGACUAUCUGGUAAUAUUGAGCCAUUAUUUCUGCCUAUCAACAAUCAGCUGGCGUUGAACAGUACAUGCUCCCUUGAGGCAGGGCAUUUGCCCUCGCGUUCACCCCUUCCGACACCCGGCUUCCCUCCUCUUUGUUGCUUGUAUCCCUCGUAAAGUGAACUCCUAGCUCCUUUUCAGGGUUGAUUCCAUAGGUAGACCUUUCUAGGGGCGCUUGGAUCGCUUCCUAUCCAGCGAUGAGUCGGGGAGGCCCAUGUCGCUUGCUCCAGUGAAAUUCAGAUCCAGAUCCUCCUCCCCAUUUCCUAGCUGAGAUCAGGGUUGGAUAGUGAUUCCUGGGGGAGUGGACCAGGAGACCCUCACUGGCCGGGUCCAGGUGAGCAUGGCAAGGGCUCAGGUGAAAGCUAAGACCCAGGAGGAUGGAGGGAGAAUUUAGAGAAGUAGAGGGAGGAAAAGGAAGGGAGCUAACCUUUGCUGAGCACUAACCCCGAUGUGCCAGGCACCAUGCAGGGUGGCACAGGGAGGGCAGAGAUGCAUAUGGGACUUUUUCUGCCCCCAGGACCUCAGGGGUGCUGAUCACACGGUGAGACCAAAGUCUCACUGAGGUUUAACACCUGAUUUGUCUCCCGUGGUCUUCACCAGUGUUUGCCCCGUGUAAGGACUCACGGCACCCUGAGAGUGAAUCUGCCAGGGGUCCUCAGACUUCAGUUUGAGAAACGCUCCAAUUAAAAGUUAACCCUAUCACUGAGUGAUCACGUUGGGGCCGAGGCAAUCAACCAUAAAGACAAAUGCAAAUAUGGAAAUUGCAUAACAGUGCUCAGCAGGAAGGUUCGGGUCCAGAUGGAUACAAAAAAACUGUUUAUGUUGCUUUUUAGAUGACCGUUGGAAUGUAGACACAAGAUGAAGUGUUGGGCAUAGAAAAUACGGCAUAUACAAUUGAGCCCUCACUACGUGCCAGAUAAGGAAACUGAGGAUCAGACCAGCUAAGCAACUAGCCCAAGGUAACAGCUAAGAAAUAGCAGAGCCAACAUUUGAAGCCAGGCCAUCUGACUCUGAAGUUUCUGCCCUUAACCAUCAUUCUCUACGGCCGACCUCUGAGACUAUAUACUUGGAGCUGAAGACCCCAGGCCGAUACGCUCAGCCGGACGUCGGCAGUUGGUUGGUUUUUGGAGGUGUCCCUGCUGAAGUGACAAAGAGUUAUCCCAUGUGACACCCCGAGGUGCCUUUGAGGGAAGCUCUCUGGACUUCCUUAUGGGCUGAUGGAAAAGUGGGCUCCCCGCACCCUCUCUGUCCCCAGCUGAGAUUAUGGUGGAUUUGGGAUCCAGCCCAGGCCUGGGCCUCCUGCUGCUGACCCAGCCCCGGAGGCGUUAGCAAGAGCCCUGCGCCGUCCACCCCACCUCCCCAGAGACCACCCCUCCCACCAGGGGCCUGGAGCUGGCGAGUGACUAUGCGGCUUGGGCUGUGUGUGGUGGCCCUGGUUCUGAGCUGGAUGCAUCUCGCUGCCGGCAGCCGGGGGAUCAAGGGGAAGAGGCAGAGGCGGAUCAGCACCGAGGGGAGCCAGGCCUGUGCCAAAGGCUGUGAGCUCUGUUCUGAGGUCAACGGCUGCCUCAAGUGCUCGCCCAAGCUGUUCAUCCUGCUGGAGAGGAACGACAUCCGCCAGGUGGGCGUCUGCUUGCCGUCCUGCCCACCUGGAUACUUCGAUGCCCGCAACCCCGACAUGAACAAGUGCAUCAAAUGCAAGAUUGAGCACUGCGAGGCCUGCUUCAGCCACAACUUCUGCACCAAGUGUAAGGAGAGCUUGUACCUGCACAAGGGCCGCUGCUACCCGGCCUGUCCUGAGGGCUCUGCAGCGGCCAACGGCACCAUGGAGUGCAGCAGUCCUGCACAAUGUGAAAUGAGUGAGUGGUCCCUGUGGGGGCCGUGCUCCAAGAAGAAGAAGCUGUGUGGUUUCCGGAAGGGCUCUGAGGAGCGGACACGGAGAGUGCUCCACGCCCCUGGUGGGGACCACACCAUCUGCUCCAACACCAAGGAGACCCGGAGGUGCACAGUGCGGAGGAUACCCUGUCCCGAGGGGCAGAAGAGGCGGAAGGGAGGCCAGGGCCGGCGGGAGAACGCCAACAGGAACCUGAGCAGGAAGGAGAGCAAGGAGGCGGGCGCCAGCUCUCGGAGACGCAAGGGUCAGCAAGAGCAGCAGCACCAAGGGACAGUGGGGCCGGUCACCUCUGUGGGGCCCACCUAGGGACAUUGUUCAGCCUCCGGGCCCAUGCAGAAAGAGUCCAGCGCUGCUCUGUGUGAUGAAAGCUUUACUGAACGCGCGUGCUGGGGGCAACACGGACACACACUCUCCUUACAUCCAUGGACAAAGACACACACACACAGACCUCGUGUCCAAACAUGCAACCAACAUACAUGCACACACGUGCACAUGCACACACACAAUCGAGGCUGCUGGAAGACACUUCUAUCCCUCAGACAUCUCUGUGUGAACAGGGUGGGGAGCUGGAGGGCUCAUCUCUGCCUGGCAGAGGGCCCAGCAGCACACGCUUGGUUUGCGAAGCUCCCUGUGGACGUGUCAGAGAACCUCUCCCAGCGUCCAAGCCCAAACUCUGCAGAGCGGAGCCUCCUCAGGAGCUGCUAGGAUUGGCCCCGUGUGGCAGACAGGAGCCAAAGCUUGGGGACUGUUCAGCAUUUCCAGUUGUGUGACUUUAUCAUUAGAGAGUAUUGUUACACACCCAUGAUCCAUAUCAGGGCUGCCCUGACUCUGAAAACUGCUUAAAGGUUUAUUUCAAAUUAAAAACAAAAACCAAAUGACCGCAGUAGCCACAGACACCGCAUUCCUUUUCAGGGUACAGGGGUUGGCGGGGUGCGCACGGGAGCUGGAAGGGACGGGGCUGAAUUUUGAGAGACCCCUAAUGGCCUCCUAGGUGGAAGGUCCAGAGCAGGAAGAAAACUUUGGGGUUACUCAGGGUGAUAAGCAGCUUUUCUACAUCCUUGCUACUCAGAGUGUGGCCCAGCAUCAACGUUAUCCCUGGGCACCUUGUUAGAAAUGAGAAUCUCAAGCCCCAUCCCAGACCUGAUGGCCUGCAUUUUAACAAGGUUCCGGGGGACUGGCACACACAUUCAAGUUUGAGAAACACUGCUUUGAUCCCCUCUAAGGACUGAGUGAAGGGUCUCGGCCAGCUUGCAGCAGGAGGACUUCUAGUCAGCUAUAAAGGAAGACUUUCCAUCCGGGAGGGGUAGAAUCUACAUGCUGAAGGGCGCACUCGGGGAGGGAGUGCUGAGGCUCUCUGAGACGGUUGGGGGAUGGUCAGAUCCAGAGGCAGAACAGUGGAUGGAAUGGCCUCGGGUGGCGUUCUGAAGUGCCCACUGGUAGCCAUCCGUGCACCAGGCUCUGGAUGAAGUGUUUGGUUUCCAGAGGGGAGCCAGACACGGACCUUGCUCUCCUGGAGCUUAGAGGUGGGUGGAGGUGACAGGUGUGAAUCAAGUAGUCAUCCAGAUAAAUGUAUAAUUACAAAUAGGUGGCGUUCAGGGCAGGCAACUCCUGGCAAACAGCUAUGAAAGUGAAUGAAACGGAAUAAAAAUAAAAGACUCUAUCUCAGGGAAGCAAAGAAGGUGAUGUUUGAGCCCAGCUCUGAAGGAUGAGUGGAAGGAGUUCAGACAGAGCAGGAGGAGCAUUCUAGACCAGCGCUGUCCAACAGGAACAUGAUAUGAGCCACUUGUAUAAUUUAAAAUUUUCUAGUAGCCGCACUUAAAGAAUAAAAAGAAACAGGUGAAGUUAAUUUGAUCUUUUAUUUAACCAAAUAUAUGCAACAUGUUAUCUUUUCAACACGUUAUCAGUAUAAAAAAGUAUUUAUGAGAUCUUUUA